AUGAACCCAAAAGGCUUGAUUUAUAGCUUUGUUGCAAAAGGCACUGUUGUUCUAGCGGAGUACACCCCUUAUUCUGGGAACUUCAGCACCAUUGCUGUUCAGUGUUUGCAGAAGCUGCCUUCUAGUAGCAGCAAGUAUACCUACUCAUGUGAUGGGCAUACAUUCAACUUCCUCCUUGACAGUGGAUUUGUCUUUCUUGUUGUUGCUGAUGAAUCAACGGGAAGAAAUGUACCUUUUGUUUUCCUUGAGAAAGUGAAGGAUGACUUCAAACAGCGUUAUGGUGCUAGUAUAAAAAGUGAUGGUCCACACCCUCUUGCUGAUGAUGAUGAUGAAGAUGAUGAUGAAGAUGAUGAUCUAUUUGAGGACCGGUUUAGCAUUGCAUACAAUCUUGACCGAGAAUUUGGGCCAAGGCUCAAAGAGCACAUGCAGUAUUGCAUGAACCAUCCAGAUGAAAUCAGCAAGCUGUCGAAAUUGAAGGCUCAAAUAACAGAGGUUAAAGGAAUAAUGAUGGACAACAUUGAGAAGGUUUUGGAUAGGGGCGAGAGGAUUGAAUUGCUAGUUGAUAAAACAGAAAACCUUCAGUUUCAGGCUGACAGCUUCCAGAGGCAGGGGAGGCAACUACGCCGGAAGAUGUGGCUGCAGAGCCUUCAGAUGAAGUUGAUGGUUGGAGGAGCCGUGAUUGCUGUAAUUAUGAUCAUCUGGGUCAUUGCUUGUGGAGGUUUCAAAUGUUGAGGGUCUUAAACGGUGCGGUCUGGUCUGGUAUUUAGUAUUCUACGAAUUUGCUGGUCCUUUUUUGGCCUUUGUUUCUUUUGAUGUACAAAAACCAUUAGCACAUUCUUGUAUAUGCUCUAUAAUACUUUAACUGGAACCUUGCGCCCAACUUCUUUCAGACCCUGUUGUUCACCUUGUAGUAUUCUGCUGCUUGUGUUCUUUAUCUUUUUUAUGGGGGGCAUGAAACCCUGAUAGCUACUGGUUAUUACUUGAACCAGUAAUUUAGACUGAAAUGGCAGUGGUUUCUAAUUGGCACCGUGACUUGGUGCACGGUCGAUUAUGUUUAGAAGUAGUUUUCAUCCGAUCCCUACUUGUUGGAUUGUAAUUGAUGUUUAUAUAUUUGUUACUGAGAUCAUUA